UUGCCUUAAAACAAACAGAUUUUCAUAUUGAUUUUACUCCAAAAACAAAAAAAAAAAAUAAACGAAAACAAACCAUACAAAAGAAAUACAGAAAUAUCAAACAACUACCUGUCAAACAUGUUUCCCCGCCUAACUGGACAGCAGCAGCUGCCGCUGCAGCAACCGGAUGAUGAUAUUUUUGCCGGUGCCACGACAACGGUGCGUUCAGCAUUUCCCAAUUCCCGCCUAGACUCCCUUGCCAAUCACAACUAUCAAACGCAUGGACAAUCACCGUUAACACCUUCCCAUGGCAGCCAUGCGCAUGCGCCGUCGCCAUCACUGGCGGCGUCGGGCGCCACCCAACAACCCGCUUCCGCCUUUGCGGGCAAUCAUCAAUUGUUGUCACCCUAUGAUCCAGCGAUACAAACAGAUUUCUUAGCCACCGCCAGCACAAUAUUCGGCGAUGCAGCUGCUGCGGCUUCGGGUGGUGUGGAGGCCAUAGCUACUGGCAGCAACAGUGGUGGCGGCGGCGGCCUCAUGGGUGACGUCACUGGUGGUGGCGGUGCUGCAGCAAAUCUUUUACCUGCCAACGACGAUGACUGGUGGGCGAAUGCCAUCGAAGAGGAUACCUUCGAUUCGCCGUUGGCCUUCGAUGCCAGCGAGAAUGGCUUGUGGAAUGGACGUUUUGUCCCACCACCGCCAAGACCGCCCUUCCUCGAUGAGAGUGUGGCCGCCGAUGGUUUGACAACCUGUGAUCUAUGCACAUGGGCAUGGCAGCGUAAUGCCUAUUCACUGGAUGGAUCGAUAGAUGCAUCUGGAGAAAUUGGCUGGGCAUUUACAUUGAUUGUAGUCUCAAUUCUAUCAGCUCUAAUAGGUGCUAUUGUUAUGGUCGUAGUUCUAAGAUGUAGAAGAAUAAAAUCAGCAAAUGCUAAUGGUCGACCCCAGCCUUGGUGGUGUCGCAACAAUCGCGGUAGUGGCAGUGGUAGCGGUACAAAUGGCCGAGGAUCGCUUUCAGCCAAACACUCGGCCGAUAGUAUACGAAGACCCACCAGUAACUCGGGUGUAUGGACAUGGUUGGGUGGUAGCCGCCGUUCAUCUGAGGGGCCGGACCAAAUUGGACCGCCCUCAUCAUCGCCGGCCGAAAAUCAUUAUACCCACAUGGAUGAUGCCUAUAGUCCGGUGGGUGUAAGUGAAGCUUUAUAUGCUGAAUUGGACAGGGAAUCAGUGAGAUCGAAUAAUCCAUCAUAUCAGAAUACCGGCUAUAGUCAGUGUGGAGAUAAAUACACCUUCCAUCAGCAGGAUCAUGAUUUACCCAUUGUGGUAUCAUCGGCGCCCAGCAGUGCCUAUUAUUCCGACCUCUCGGUUACCGGUGUACCCGGUGGUGCUGGGAAUGAACGGGCUUAUGAAAUUGUAGGCCUGACCGUUAUGAAUCAACCUUUACCCAAUUGGGAUGGUAGUGGUGGGGGAACGACAUCGGUAAGCUCAUCUGCGGCAGCAGGCACCGGACAAUUUCUAGCCGGGCCUGUGGGUACCAAUGGCGAAGGCAUGGCCUCGCAACGCAGAAUUCCCCGUUUGGCAGCAAUUAAUGAGACCAGCACAGCAACGGUACCCUCGGAUUAUGUAUGAAACGAAGAGUAUGUGUGUGAGGAUGUGGUAUAAAAUUGUGAGAGUAACAGUUAAUGAGAAGAAGAGAAGUUCACUCCACGGUUUUAAAGAGAACAAUUCAAUUUACACUCACACACAUGCAUAUUCGAUAGGGAAUAUUUAACCAAUAAGUCAAUUUAUUGUUCAAGAAGACAAAGAAGAUCUGAAUUAUGAUUUAGUUAACAAGGAAAUCUUUGACGUGUAAA